CAAAUAUUUUCGAAGAUGGAAGUUGCAAAAUAUUUCAAGUAUCAAUUCAAAGUGAUGCAGCACAGGUGUUCUCCAUUUCUCAGUCCGAUGUAACUCAGAAUCUUGUCGAUUGUCAGCAAUGGGUGCAAGAACUCUGCGAUUGCCUAUCAUUACUGACAUCAAACACAAAGGGAUGCAUUUUAUUAUUAUGGAUUCUCCUUCGAAAACGAAUGUGCCUUACUUUGUGGAGGAAUGUUCGAAGCUUAACGUAUCUGAUGUUGUUCGUGUAUGUGAAGACCGGUACCCUGUGGAACCUUUUGAAAAUGCUGGGAUAUGUGUACAUCAUUGGGAAUUCAGCGAUGGUUCGCCUCCACCAGAGAAUAUUCUCACAGAAUGGUUCACUCUCCUCAGAAAUCGAUUUUAUGGGGAAAAUAAUAGCACUCAUGAUGAUCAAAACCACCUGGUACCUGGGCCAAUCGCUGUUCAUUGUAUAGCUGGAUAUGGAAGGGCUCCGGUUCUGGUAGCUGUUGCGUUAAUGGAACUUGGAAUGUCCAGUGAAGAUGCAAUAGAAUUGAUUCGCAGUAAACGUAAAGGUGCGUUUAAUGAUCGCCAAAUUCAUUAUCUCACUAACUAUCAUGCGCAUUCUCGUUUACGCCGUCACAAUCAUCGUUGCUUUAUUGUAUAAUAUGUAUUCAUUCAAAGCGUACAUACAACAUAAUAUGUACACAUCCACUUAUCAUCGUUUCUAAUUCUUUGUGUAAUUGCCAACAUACAGUGAUAUUAGUAAUGUAUUUGUUUCCGUAUUAAUGAUAUAAUAUUUGCUGUCUUAUUUCUUAGAGGUACUUAUUUACUAUUUCCUUUAUAUAUAUGUAUGUGUCAACCUAUUGGCUUUCAUUCAGUAUGUAUACAGCACAAUAUCAAAUUCUUCUCAUGUAUAUGUGAAUAAUUUUAAUCGUGUAUUGUUUUGUUACUGUUUCAUUUACUACCUAUGAAAAUUCCACCAAUACUUACUUGUAUAAGUGAUCUUUUUACCAUCCCCCUUUCAAAAACAGAGCAAUUUUUCGUCAAAGAUAUAUGUCCACUUGUUGAAUUCGAUUACUUUCAUGUCGUUAUCUUUAUUAUUUUUGAUUUGAAUUUAUCCACCGUGUUCUUUCGUUGCUUGUAUGUUUGUUCUUAUCUACUUCCUGUUUUGUUGUUAUCCAUGUGAUACCAUGAUUGAAUGAUGCUUAAAAUCAGUAUUUUUGCUCUUUUCUAAAGAGCCUAAUAUUCUCUUUUUUUAGUUAGUUUCCUGAUUCUUCCUUUUUUUUUAUCUAUCUGCGUGUGCCUGUACUUUGCUUAAACUCCAUCAUCUCAAACUCUGGUGUUGCAUUUUAAAUUCACCCCAUCAACCUAUCAGUAUGUGUGUAUACUUCUGAAUGGCUUGCUAGUCAGUCAAACUUGAAAUAAGAAUUAACAAUAAUAUAUAAUUACUUCCUAUUGUGUUCAUUUUUUCUCUCGUUGAUUGUGUUAUGUACGUGCCUUUUAUCAUCUUUAUUACUUACUGUUAUGUUUUCCUAUGUAUUUUUUUUCCAAUUCCACUUUUGUUAUCUGCGAAAAGUGAAUUAUUGUAACUUAAAUAUGAAUCUCUGUUUUUAGUACAUUUGUGCAUUUGUGUGUAAAUGGAUGAGUGUCUGUGCAUACUUUUAUUAACUUAUAGUUGGCUAUUAAACAUUUGUCCACCUUUUAUUCGUAAAUUAUUACAUAAUUGUAAUCGAUAGUUGUUAUUUCACAGUGAUCCUAGUCAACCCCAUGAAAAUUGAAUGUUUUCUUAUCAUUGUGUCUCCUCUUUUAUACUUUCUUUCUCAUUAGAAUAAUUUUCUAAGAUUGUUUUUUAUCAUGUCUGUAUGGAUUGUGUUGGAAUAAUUUAGUUGUAUGCACAUACAAGCUGCCUGUGUUUCUUCUAUUUCCACAUUAUAUUUCUUAUAUACAUAGAUAUCUAGUACGUAUUUUGUCUCAUAGAUUUGAAUGUUGAAUGAUUUUCGUUUUCUGCCUGUUUUGUGUAUGUUUGUUUAACUGUGCAUCUGUUCUAAAUUACUCAACCACGACUAUCCAUGUAAUUUUGUGCUUGAAUAAUGGAUUAACUCUUUGAAUAAAAAUAUAUUGGACGUAUAAAUAUCAGUUUUUUGGCAUUCAUCUCAUGUUUUAGUAGAGAAGUAAUUUAAUAGUUAUACGAUUUAGUUUCCAAACACGUUCUCACGUUUGGAUUGCACAUCUGUCUUAGUACGUCUAUAAGUAUCAUUAAACUUCACAGAAAAUAAGUGACUCAAUUGUGGAUCUUAAUCGGAAUCCAUCUAAAACCUAGUACACACACUGUAAUCAAUCCCAGUUACUAAGCUUUACACCAGUCCAGCGAGAGAGGAAAUUAACAAGAUUGAAUUAUAUCAACUGUUAGCGAAGAUUCGCAUCUCAAUUGAAUGCUUUUGGGUGUAGUGUUCUGUGAGCCUAAUAGUUAAAAAAAUAUUCAGC